AUGAAAGAACGUAGCGGCGAGGGAAUCAGUCAAGCUUCGCAUGGUUGUACGGGUACUCUUUGGAGGAGGACUAUGUUGAAUGUACUGGCCUUGACUAUUGGUCUCAAUAGUAAUGGUCAUGGUGCUCCUGGUUGGAAGUACUUUGCUCAGUUUGUGAAUACUAUGCACCGAGAGCCCUCUGGUUACCUGUCGGUCUUACCGCCUAUUGGCACGUUUCCGCUUUUAUUUGUGUGGCAUUCUGCUGCGCUACCUGGUCAAUCCAACGUACAUUUCUAUGUUGGUUGCAAUGGUAUAUGCCUGUCAAGUGUAUGUCUUGCCGCCGCUGCUUUUAUCUUCGCAGAGGAGCAUUUCCGUUCCGCGGUUUCCAACCAUGGUUUGACUUGGGAUUUCAAUUCUAUUGAUAUUCGUGUUAACUAUGACGGAGACGAGUGUUUGAUGGGUACUAUUGUAUGUUCGGAUGGGUUACGGAGAUGGAGAGACGGUCUACUGGCUCUUCGUGAUGCGAAUCCCUCCGAGUCUAAGGGUUCGCUUCAGUAUGACGGGAAUGGCAUACUUCUCAACGACGCGUUCCGGAAGUAUGCCGUAUAUACCACAGAUUUAUAUGUUCAAAGUACGCUUAACGCUGCUCGAUUCGCUACCAAUUGA